GGGUGAGGGUCUUAUUUCCUUCCCGCACCCUAUCUCAAUUGUUUUCAUCCCUUCCAUUCAAAUUUAUUUGAUUGCUUCUCAGUUCUCGGUCCAUUUUAAUUAAUUACUUCAUUUUAGAAUAUUCCGAAAACUGUUAAUUACAAGCUUCGAGCGCUCCCACUUAAAAAUAUUUGAUCGUGCGCCCAAGCUGUUCGUCGGAAAUCCUGAACCAAGCUUUUUCUCCAAGUGGAUACUGUUGAGCGCUGCGGAAGCUUCGAGAGGCAUAUAUGGGCAUUUCAAGAACCCAAUCAACUUAGAAAGAGGAAGACAAUGCUAAUGAAAUUGAGGUUUAGCCUCUUUACUCCACAGCACUCACUCAUUCACUCCCCAAUUCUUCCCAAAAUUCCUCCAUUUUCUGUCUCUUUCACAACCCCUUUCUCUCUCCAUGUUGCCACAUUCAAAACCUCUAAUGCUUCACCGCUCUCUGAAACUACCCACUUUGCUCAAAAUGACCUGUUCAUGCCGCCCGGAGUUGACCCAGAAGAUAUUACCCCGGAAAUGAUUCUACCUCGCUCUAAUAUAGUCAUUGGACCCUAUGCCGGAGAAUCCAAGGUUAACACAGUGGAGUUUGUGAAGAGUAGCAAUCAGGUGAAGGACUGUCCUAAGGACCAUCGACCUGAGUUCGCUGUGGUGGGUAGGUCCAAUGUUGGCAAAUCCUCUCUCAUUAAUGCUUUGGUUCGAAAGAAAGAGGUUGCACUUACAUCUAAGAAGCCAGGGAAGACUCGGCUUAUUAAUCACUUCUUGGUGAACAAAAGUUGGUAUAUUGUUGAUUUGCCUGGUUAUGGUUUUGCUAAUGCCCCAGAAGCCGCUAAAAUGGAUUGGUUCUCAUUCACUAAAGCCUACUUCUUAAAUCGAGAAACUUUGGUUUCAGUUCUGCUUUUGAUAGAUGCAAGUGUACCUCCUCAGAAGAUCGACCUCGACUGUGCUAAUUGGCUUGGACGUAGUAAAAUACCAAUGACUUUCGUCUUCACAAAGUGCGACAAGAUGAAAGGGGGAAAAACCAAACCUGAUGAGAACAUCAGAGAGUUCCAAGAAUUGAUCAGACAAAACUACAAACACAUUCCUCCAUGGAUAUUGACAAGCAGUGUCACUGGUCUGGGAAGAGAUGGACUUCUUUUGCACAUGUCUCAAUUGAGGAACUAUUGGGACAGUGACUCACCAGACUAAAUGAUUUUGCCGAGGUAUUGCCAUGGACCUUAAACAACUUUUCAUUUAUUAGGCUUGUUGAAGAUUUUCUGCUUUAGGGUAUAUUGUACUUGUGAAGCUUGCUGGUAGAAUGCAAAUUCUAAUACUGCUCAUCAAUAGAAUACAUUUCAAACCUUUCUUGUA